AUGAGUAUUUCAAACGAGAUUUAACAGAACUCAUUUAGUUUAUAAGAUGAGAUAUUCUAAGGACCUACUCCAAUGAUGCUUUCUGGAAGGAUAAUUGUGGGAGAUGGAGAUUCAAGCAGAUUUCUUCCAGCUAGUUGGAAUUCUUUCACAGUACCUGACUAAAUGAAAUUGGCAGAUUUAAGCCAAUAAUCUAUCCAUGCUAUACCAAUUGAGAUGCACAAAUCGACAAAGGGUAUGAGAAAAUCUGAAUAUUAAUCUGCAUAUGUAGCUGAAGAUGAUGAUUAAUCUAAUGGUAAACCUCAAUUUCUGAAAUUAAUAAUUGCUAAGAGUUUUUAAAAUAAUUUUAUAAGCAAUCUUUGGAAUAGAUCUUAUUUAAGAAAAUUAAAUUAAUUAUCUAAUUAUUAGAUUUAGGUCUUGGAUGAUUUAUAAAUAGAAAAUGAAACAUAUUUUCAAGAUUAAAAAAGAACUUUUACAAAAUUGGAAAAAAUAAAACGAUUUUUCUCAUAUAUUGAAGUCUUCACACCUUAUAGUUAAUUUAUUUUUAUAUGGGGUCUUUUUUAAAUAUUAAUAUAUUUAUUGAUAUUUUUUUGGCUGCCAUAUAAAAUAUCUUUCAAAUUAGAAUCAAUUGGAGAUUUCUUAGGAUAUAAUCAAACAAAACAGAUUCUUGAAAUACUGUUUUUAUCUAUACUUAGUUUAGAUGUAUUUGUUGGAUUGAAUUUGGCAUUUAUUUAUAAAGGAAUAAUAAUAAGAAAUAGAAAGAGAAUAAUAAUAAAUUAUUUUCGAUAAUAUGCAUUUGUAGAUUUGGUAUCUUAUAGUGAAUAUAUAAGGAUUAAAGGUUUCACUCAGUACAAUAACCCUGUAGUUUUUUAUUUUAACAAACAAUGGUGAUUCGAAUUAAAUGUUGAUAAUAUAAAUAGCAUUGUGUGCUGUAUUUUAUGUUUUAAGGAUGACAAAGAUUAAUAAGAUUUUAGCUUAAAUAUAAGAGUAGAAAUUAUAAUAAAUAAUAUAGAUUUUUUAAUUUGUAUGGUUCUUUAAACGAUUUAGUUGGAUUAUUAAAGUUGACAAUGAUAAUUGUAUUUAUUGCUCAUAUUUGUGCAUGUGUUUGGCAUGGGAUAGCAUUUUAUAAUGAUGAAUAUUCUUGGUUAGAUGCUUAUGAAUUAAGAGAUAAAGGAAAUGCUUCAAAAUAUAAUACUGCUAUAUAUUGGGCAACAAUGACUAUGACAACUGUUGGAUAUGGAGAUAUUACAGCAAAGAAUAAUAUUGAAUUAUUAAUAAAUAAUUUAACUAUGCUUAUAGCAUCAAUAGUAUUUGCUUAUUCAGUUAAUAGCAUUGGAAUAUUUGUAUCAAAUAUGUAUAAGGGAGCUAUGGAAUAUAGUAGAAGUGUAACAUUAAUUAACACAUUUAUGUCUAAGAAUAAAAUUUAAUUUGAGUUAUAAACAAGGAUAAGAAGUUAUUUAGAAUAUAUUUGGUAAGAGGAACAAAAUAUGAAUGAUGAAGAAGUUGCAACUUUGAUAGGAAAAUUAAGUAGCAAUUUAUAGGAGGAAUUAUAAUAUUAAUUGAGAGGAAAUAUAUUAAGUACUUGUAAAGUUAUGGUUAAGACAUUUUCAUAAAAAAUGAUUAAAUCUUUAUUGGGUUAAAUGGAAGAAUAGAGUUUCUCUCCUGAAGAAAGAAUAAUAACUAUUAAUUAAAGUGAUGAUUCAUCUUUGUAUAUUAUUACAAAAGGAGAAGUUGAAAUCAUUUUUGAAGGAUAAAAUAGUCUAAAUGAAAAAGUUAAAAGAAAUAGUUUAAAAUUUUUAUCAUAAGGUGAUUAUUUUGGAGAAUUAGCAUUCUUUACUGGUUAACCUAGAAAGGCUACAGCUAUUUCUCGAGCAUUUACAAAAGUAUUCAAAAUUAAAAGAGAAAACUUUAUAAAGAUUUUAUUAUCAUAUCCAAAUGAUUAUGAAAAAUAUUGUUAAUUAAAUCACACACUUAUGUAAUAAGAUUAUAGUGUUUUAUAAAUAAAUUGUUAUAGUUGUUAAAGUAAUCAUCAUUUAAUUGACAAAUGUAAUUAUGUACAUUUCUGUCCAGAUAAAGAAGCUAUAUUAAAAAGAGAAUUAUAUCCAUAUGAUUAAAAAAGAAAUAAAGUUAGGGGUAGAUAUGAAAGAGAUAGAGUAUUGAGUCCUUGGAUUAUGUAAAAGUAUGUUAUGACAAAAGCAAAAGAACUUUAAUAAGAAUUAUAAUAUUUAGCAAAUAAAGGAACAGAAUUUGAAGAUAUGGAUCAACAUUCAAAUUUAAUUAAUGAUGUUUAUGAAGAUGAAGGUUUUUUAAAUAUUUUAUAUAUUUUUAGUUGAAAUUGAUGUUCCAUCAUCAUUAAAUUAAAGAAGUAAUUCAAGAACAUUUAGUAAACUUAGUCAAAAAUAAUCCUAAUAAAAUUAAGAAACUGAUGAGGAUGAAUCUAAAAAUUAUUCUAGAAAGGUAGUCAUUCCUAGAACUACACUUUAAACUGCUGGUUUUGGUGGCGGAAUGCGAGAUAGCACAAAUGUAGAUAUUUUAAAAGAUGAAGAAUAUUAAGAAAGUUCAGAUGAAGAAUCUGAUGAAGAAAAAGAUCAAGUUUUAAUGUAAUUGCCAAUACCUACAAAUAAAAGCUAAGAAGCUAUUAGAAAUUAAUAAUAAAAAAUUACAUUUACUCGUAAAGAAUCAGCAGAAGAUAUUAUUCCUCGUUCAUAAAAUCAAAGAUCUAACACUUAUACCCAAAAGGGCAGAAACUCUUAAACUAUUAAAAGAACUUUGACCCCUGAAAAAAUAUAUCCGCCAAAUCCAUCUGAUUUAGAAAUUAGAAAUAAUGCUAGAAGACCUACAUCCAAAAAAUAGUCUAGUGCUACUAGAACUUUUACUAGAAAUUAAGGUAGAGAAAUGACAGCUGAUGCCAAUCCUACUUCUUUUAUGGAUAAUUAGACAUAUAAUUAACAUACAUCUACAACUAUUUUAGGAUAAUUUGAUAAGAUGUAAGUUUUUAUGCAUUAUUUUCCAUUCAAUAAUUAUGAUUCAGUCAUAAAAAGGUAUAUUCUAUCAUAUAUUUAUUGUUAGAUAUUCUAGAUUAUAAAAAUUCUUUGGUAAAAAACGAUUAUAUCCAGAAUUUUCUAAAUAUUCCUUUUUCUUUAUGACAAUUAAAAAAGGAUGGAAAUUAAGGAAGUUAGGAGCAAAAUUGUCUGGAAAAACAUUUGCAGAAUCACUAAAAAAACCAUUUUCAAAAACAUUUUAAAGUUUUAAAACAGUAAAAAAAGUCGUAAACAAUACAACUGGCAAUGGAGGUGGUGGUACUUCACCAUUACGAUUGCAUUCCUUUAAAUGA